AGACACAUUCUGGCCACCACUGCAUCGGGCAUGGAGGACUUGUGUCCAGCGGCGGCUGGAUAUACGCUGUCGCACAUGUCGACUAGCAAAGACCCAUGGCCUGGAUAACAAGCAGACGGAGACCCGAAGCAUCCUCUCUACUCUCCCAUAUAUCCCUCUCGCCUGGCCGCGCAUUCGUUCAGUACUCUCCUCCUGUACAUCACAAUGCGUCGCACAUUGCUGCUGGCAGCUCUUGUCGCCGCUGCGCCUGCCAACAAUAACGAUGCGCCGCUAGAGAAGCGACAAGGAGUGACAUACGCUUCGACUUGUGUCACCGUGGUCGACGCACUAGCGACCAAUGUUGUCUAUAGUACGGUGUGCAAGGAUGCCACAGCUGCCGGCUUUGCGUACCGGCAGACUUGUUACGGUACCGCUGGUAAUUUGGUCCCCGGCUUGCUCCCUACUCAAUGUGGUUCCGCAACACCUGUAUCUACCUGUUUGACGUCUACCACGAGCUCUGCAACGGCCACAAACCCCGGACCCCUUCUUGGCAUUCUUGGCCCUUCCACCACGCUGUAUGGCACCUAUACUGUGCAGUAUGCUUGCACGACACCGACCUACCCUGUCAAAUCCACCUCUGUCUCCACCACGUCGACGACAUCGAGCAGACCGCCGACUUCUACCAGCGCCAGUGCUGCACCAACUUCCACUUUCGUCAGUAGCACGUCGAGGCUGGCGACAACCUCCACGACAUCUACUGUUGUGCCGACUACAUCAAGUACAAGCAUCGUUGUUCCGACGACAUCGUCAACCUCGAGCACACCUGCAGUGGUGACCUCCUCGACCGUUAUCGCCACGAGCUCCAAGGCCCCCACAACCUCAAUACUCACUUCUUCCUCGUCUUCACUUGUGACCACUUCCUCCACUCCGGUCACCACAUCGACGAGCAGUGUGGCGGCUCUUGCCACAAGCAGCGUGGUACCUUCCAGCUCUUCAGUGGUGACAACGAUCCAGCCGUCCACCACGACCAGCAAUGCAGCCACGACGAGCUCCUCUCCUCCAGCAGUCUCGUCAUCUGCACCUGCUACGACGUCCACGCCUGCUACAAGUUCGGCUGCGCCAGUGACGUCUUCCCCUGCUCAAGUUUUAUCGACAUCUUCACUCGUCACGACAUCUUCCACUAGGCUGACCUCGUCAUCUGUUGUCCCUACCACAUCCAGUGUUGUGCCUUCCACAUCCAGUGUUGUGCCUUCCACAUCCAGUGUUGUCCCUACCACAUCCAGUGUUGUCCCUACCACAUCCAGUGCCGUACCAACCACUUCAAGUGCGGUCCCAGCAUCAUCCAGUGCGGCGCCUAGUUCCUCGCGUGCUAGCGCAGCACCAACCGCUGGCCUUCCAAGGACUGCCAAGAACGGUGCCACUUAUAUCGGAUGUUUCCAGGAUGGCAUAGAUCAGCGCACUCUUCAACAACGUGUCAACGAUGUCAACAAUGUCGAGGAGUGUGUUGUUCAGUGUGGCAAUGCUGGAUUUGAUCGUGCGGGUCUCGAGUACUACACGCAGUGCUUCUGUGGAUAUGCGACCGCUGGCUACAAUGGUCAACCUCAAAUCGCUGACAGUGUCUGCUCGGUGCCUUGCAAUGAUGCUACCGAGACGUGUGGCAAUGGUAAUGCACUCCAGGUUUACGCCAUUCCGAAUGCACUUGUCAAUGCCAACCCUACUGCUUCAUCAACAGCAACACCUACUGCUGCUCCCACGGCUGGUCUCCCGCGUACUUCUCGCAAUGGCGGCAAGUAUCUUGGUUGUUACAGGGAUGAUGUCGGCCAGCGUACCUUGCCGGUGAGGGUUCAGGAUGUGGGCACCGUGGAAGCCUGUAUCACACAGUGUCAGUCUGCUGGUUACACGAUGGCUGGUAUUGAGUACUACUACCAGUGCUUCUGUGGAAGCUCCGGCACCAAUGGACAACCUCAAAUCAGUGACAGUGAGUGCAGUGCUCCUUGCAAUGACGACAAAUCAGAGACAUGUGGUGGUGGCAACGCUAUUCAACUCUACUCUGUGCCUUCUGGUGGCGCGGCUCCAUCGAUUCCUACGACCGUGACAACGUCUGCUGGUUCUGGUGCUUUACAAGGCUGCUACUCAGACAACGUGAAUGCCCGCACGCUGCCCAACCGUGUUGCAGAUGCCGGCUCUGUUGAUCAGUGUGUGAGCAGCUGUAUCAAUGCUGGCUACUCUUAUGCUGGUAUUGAGUAUACACGCGAGUGCUACUGCGGCAAUUCACUGACUGCUCCACUCAUUGACAAUGCGCAAUGUCAAAAGUACACUUGCACAGAGAAUGGCUCACAAAAGUGCGGCGGUGAUUCAGCCAUUCAGGUCUACUCAUUGCAAAAUUCUAAACCUCCGCCUGCUGCUUCCGGUACAUGGUCAAGUGUUGGCUGCUUGCAGGACUUUUACCCAAACACAAGGACGCUGCAAGGUUACUCAGUCACAUCCAACAGCAUGACGCCUCAAGUCUGCAUGUCUACUUGUCAGGCGAAAGGCUUCACAUACGCUGGAGUCGAGUACUCUGGUGAGUGCUAUUGCGAUAGCCAAAUUCGCAACAAUCCUCAGACGGUCUCUUCCUGUUCCAUGGCUUGCUCUGGUGACUCGAGUCAAACGUGCGGUGGCUCCAAUGCUAUUCAAGUGUACACCCUAGGCGCUGUGCCGAGUGGUACUGGAUCUAGCGCUGCUCCUAGCCCUACCAUUCAGAAGACAACCUCUGGUGGUGCGACCUACAAGGGCUGUUACACAGACUCAGUCAAUGCUCGAGCCUUGCGCACUCGCAACCCUGACGUGACGGGUUCUGAUCCUAUUGGCGCUUGCAUGGCUUCUUGCAAGUCGGCAGGGUUCUCGCUUGGUGCAGUUGAAUACGGGCACGAAUGUUUCUGUGAUCAGAGCAUCAAUAAUGGUCAAACACUGACCUCUGACAGUGCCUGUAGCCAAGUCUGCGAUGGCAACAGCCAGCAGUAUUGUGGCAACGGGAAUACUGCUCAAGUAUAUACUCUUUAGAUACUUCUUUUCUUGUAGCAAAUGGCAUAUUCAAUUCAU